AUGGCCUCGCAAUCCUUGGAAUCGUCCAAGGACGAUUUGGCCUCCCACCAGGGCGGUACUCCUCACGCGGCUCGCGGAGCCAGCGCCACCCCGUCACCCUCAGCGUGGUUUCCACUAGGUUACAGAGAGGGCUUCAGUCAAUGGUGGUCGUGUCUGCCGGCUGCCGCAGCCGAGCAUAAGGUUCUUUCAUACUUGCCCUACCUUCAACAUGAACCCCCUACACAUUUGCAAACCGGAAAAACGAGUAAUCUCCCAAGUGGCGAACCAGGGAGCCUACAAUCAGCCGAUCACAGCCAGGAGGGCGAGGUAGCAGCCAACUCACUCAAUGAUCCCUAUGGUCCUCGGAGGUGGCGCUCCAGCAUGGUCGAGCUAAGCGGCAAAAAUCGAGCUCUCAACGAGUUCUCCGUCGAGCGAAUUGGAGAGGAAGCAAACCAGCACUUGGUUAUGGUUCAUGGAUAUGGGGCCGGGUUGGGCUUCUUCUACAAGAAUUUUGAGCCUUUGAGCCGACUGAAAGGGUGGCAAUUACAUGCGCUAGACUUGUUGGGAAUGGGCCGUAGCACACGACCGCCGUUCCGUAUCAAGGCGAAAGACCGUGAGGAAGCUAUCAGAGAGGCGGAGGCUUGGUUUGUGGAUGCCCUGGAGGAGUGGCGCAUCAAACGCAAAAUCGAUCGCUUUACUUUGCUCGGCCACAGUUUGGGAGGUUACAUGGCGGUCGCCUAUGCCCUCAAAUAUCCUGGUCGCUUGAACAAGCUCAUCUUAGCUUCACCGGUUGGAAUUCCAGAAGACCCAUAUGCUGUGUCAGCAGAUAUGCCGUCCGAGUCCACGAUGGCCAACGAAUUCUCCCAGGAUCAACACAACAUCGCAGGGUCGGUUUCAUCAGUGCCACCGGAGGCAACCCAGAAAGGUGACAACAAUAUCCUCCUGAAAGGCCCGUCGACAGGUAGUGCUGCUCCCGAUCAGCCUCCGCGCCGGAUGAUCCCCAAGUGGUUUGCCUAUCUGUGGGAGGCCAACAUAUCUCCCUUCAGCUUAAUUCGCUGGGCGGGCCCCUUAGGCCCGCGACUUGUAUCGGGCUGGACAUCCCGGCGAUUUUCUCAUUUGCCUGCGGACGAGGCCAAGGCCCUACAUGAUUACUCAUAUUCGAUCUUCAGUCAACGGGGCAGUGGAGAGUAUGCUCUCGCAUAUAUCCUCGCCCCUGGUGCCUUUGCACGCAGCCCUCUAAUCCGACGCAUUCAAGGGGUGGGAAGACAGGUGCUUCAGACGCCCUCAUCCUCUACGCAGGAAUCUACACAAGCCACCGAGUCGUCCCGCCAGAACUUCCCCCAGCCCGACUCUACCAUAGCUUCAGGCUCGUCUUUGUCAACGCCCGCCAAGCGCGAAAACGGUCUCCCCAUAGUCUUCAUGUAUGGCGAUCAUGACUGGAUGGAUGUGAAAGGUGGAAUGGCAGCAAAAGCCAAGCUUGAUGAAGAGAAGCGCAGGGUGCUUCAGAACGCAACCCCGGAAGAGCAAAAGGCAGACCACGGCUCGGCCAAGGUUGUGGUCAUUAAGAAUUCGGGCCACCAUGUCUAUUUGGAUGGAUGGGAAGAGUUUAACAGCUUGAUUCUGUCCGAGAUGGAAGACGUGGAUCGCAAGGGUGCAAAAUAA